UUUCUUCUCUUAUUUGGAGACUAAUUUUCUUUGGUUUUUCGCAGUUGUUAGAAAUAUUGAUUUUCACUUGUAUGGCUCUGUAUCAAGGGAAUGAUGUUGAUGAGAAAUAUGUAUUUCCAUGGAUGGGAAUUGUAGCAAAUGUUCCCAUUGAGUGGGAUGGUAAGCGUUACGUGGGAAAAAGUGGCUCGGGGCUCAGGGAUGAUUUGACGAACAAAGGGUUUAAUCCGGUGAGGGUACAUCCAUUGUGGAACCAUAGGGGUCAUUCAGGGUUUGCUGUAAUUGAAUUUAGUAAUAAUUGGGAUGGCUUUGCUUAUGCAAUUAAGUUGGAGAAGAUUUUUGAAUCACAACAUAGAGGGAGGUUGGACUAUUUAGGUUCAGCAAAUAGGGGAAAUAAGUUAUAUGGUUGGGUUGCAAAGGCUGAUGAUUUCAGGUCAGCAGGUGUAAUUGGUGACUAUGUGCGGAAAAAUGGAGACCUGAAAUCUAUCUCCGAUGUUCAGGCAGAAGAGAAGCGCAAAAAUGAUGCGCUUGUCUCUAAUCUGGCUGACACAAUCAAGGCCAAAAGUAGGCGACUCAAGGAGAUAGAGAGCAGAUGCAAUGAAACAUCAAUGUGCCUAAACAAAGUGAUGAUGCAAAGAGAUGAAAUGAUCCAAGAAUAUAAUGAAGAGUUACAAGGGAUGGCGAAGAAUGCUCGUGAUCAACUAGCAAAGAUGAUCAAGGAGAGAGAGAAGAAUAAAUUGUAUUUGGAAGCACAACGCAAAGAACUUGAGUUGCGCGAAAAAGAAUUGGUGGAAAGGGAGGCCCUCAAUGAUAAUCAAAGACAAGAGCUUAAUUCUUUGAAGCAAAUGAAUGAGAGAGCAGAAAUGGAGCAAAAGAGGAUGGAUGAAAGUGUCUUAAAGUUGGCAGAAGAACAGAAGAAGGAGAAAGAAACUCUCCGCGAGAAGAUCCUGGAGUUGCAAACAAAACUCGACUCAAAGCAGGCGCUAGAGUUGGAGAUAGAACGUCUCAGAGGGGCUACGCAAGUAAUGAGACACAUGGGAGACGGCCAAGAUGUGAAGAAAAAAUUAGACGAGAUCCAAGAGAGCCUAAAAGAGAAAGAAGAAGAAUUAGAAGAUCUUGAAGCUUUGAAUCAAGCUUUAGUUGUCAAAGAACGCCGAGCCAAUGUUGAGUUACAAGAUGCCAGGAAGGAGUUGAUCGAUGGAAUGAAGCAGCAUUCUUCUCGGGCUUUAAUCGGUGUCAAGAGAAUGGGAGAACUUAAUGUUAAAAGAUUUAAGGAGAUAACCAAGAGAAUGUUUGUUGAAGAUGCAGAUUUCAAAGCUGCCGAGUUGUGCUCAAUCUGGGAGGCUCAUCUUAGGGAUCCCAAUUGGCAUCCCUUUAAAGUUGUAACAACUGAAAAUGGUCCUAAGGAAAUUGAUGAUAAAGAUGAAAGGUUGAAUAGGUUGAAGCACGAGUAUGGAAAAGCAGCUUAUGAAUUGGUUACUACUGCUUUGUUGGAGAUGAAUGAAAGUUCAAGUAGUAGAGGCAUAACAACAGAGUUGUGGAAUUACAAACUAGAACGGAAAGCUACCAUCAAAGAAGGAAUAUCAUAUGUUGUCCAGAAGUUGAAGGCCAGUAAAGCAAAGAAGCGUUAAACUUUCAUGGUUAUGUUCAACACUGUCAAUGGCAUAUGAUGCCUUAUCUAGUACUUAGAAUCUGUUUGAAAACCAAUAUACUGAGACAGAAGCAUAUGUUUUGGUUAUGCAGGUCAGACUGCUAAUGUUUUACCUUCUCUAUUGUGGUACUCCUAUAUGUCAUGACAAUUGAAAUUGAACUAUUAGAGAAUCCAAGGUUGAGUAAGGAAUAGCAAAAGCAAAUGUGCGCUUUGAGUAGUAGUAUCAAAGUAAUCUACCUUUAUAUUUCAAGCUUUGAAUGGCA